ACCGAGAUUGUCGCGUGCAGACGGCAAUAAGUGCCCAUUCAUUUCCGCUUUCCAUGUUGGUAAACGAGGGCGGGCAUACCGUUGUGUCGUACACUGUAGCGCAUAUUCGGCUAAACAACGUAUCGUGUCAGGAAAAAACCCAAACCACAUUCAUAACCAGAUUUUUUCAUGUGCUACGCAGAAUAGCCGGAUUUUUCUUUAUUCUUGUGGAUGAUGUGAUUACCGUACGAUUAACAGGUUCCUAUUAACAACACAACGGACACGCCCUCAUGUCAAAGGUCGGGUGUCACCGUGACCCUCGAGCAUGCGCCUGAGUGACAUCACGAUGCUGCUGCUGUUGCUGAUGAUGUUACUGGCGGACAUAGACUGCAGACGAUGUAAAAAGACCAAAGGCAAAAAGUGUGAACGACGAAACAAAGGAAAGACAAGCGCACCAAAAUGGCGGCGGAGAGGACCGAAGGAGAGUCACGUGAUUCAACGAGAAAACUCGGAGGCGGUGUUUAAGUGCGAAGUCGUGGCCAAUCCCAGACCCAAAUACAAAUGGUACAAAAAUGGAGAAGUACUGAAAAUUAGAAAAUCAAAAAAGUACCGACGACGGCGACAUCGGUUAAUGAUACGAGAUCUGACAAUGUCCGAUUCCGGGAACUACACGUGUGACGUGUACAACAAGCUGGGCGCCGUCAACCGAACAUUUCAACUCACCGUCCUGGGUGAGAAGCCAGUGAUCAGCGAGGUUAACGUCAUAGAGAGGCCUAAAAACCAGACAGCGCAGAUCGGCGACACGGUGGUGUUCCUCUGUCGAACCGACACCUGGCCACGCCCCCUCGUCGAGUGGUCAAGGAAACGCAACAACAGACGAAAAGUAGAAAUAUUACAAAAAGCCUCCAACAGAAGUAGGUCGGAGGUGUUGGUGAUACACAAUGUAACGAAGAAGGAGGCCGGUAUUUACAGGUGUACUGUUCACAACGAGAUAUCCACCAAACAGCUGUCGGCGCAACUCGUUGUUAUAGCUGAAGACGAAGAACUACCAUUUGAACCAAAGUGUGCGUUACACGUGAGGCAGCAGUUCUUGAUUGACAGUGUCUACGGCUGUCAGACGAUGGUUCCCGUGGAGAUUACGUAUUGCAUGGGCUCGUGUGGGCGGAGCUACUUUGUCCCCACCCUCGUCACCACGGACGAGGCGUCGUUUCAAGCCAAUCAUCUCAACCAGACCUGCGAAUGCUGCGUGGGCGUGGUUCAAGGAAUAAAGAUCGUCCAAUUAGAUUGUCCGUCGGGUGGUCGCAAGACUGGUUUUUACACAUCUUUACGUGACUGUAUCUGUCAGCGAUGUAAGGUAGAAGGUGAAAUAAAGAAGAAAUCAAGUCGAGUGGCCACCACAGAACAACCGUAAAAGCAACAGCAGCAGCAACAGCAACAACUACCACAACACUAAAUAAACAAACAGCACGAUUUUCCUGGAAAUCUCAAUCACUACCAAACUUGUGUCGAAUCAAAUGUCUUGGAACUCUUACAAAACUCAUUAAAACUUCCAUUCGAAAUGGGGGGGGGGGGGGGGGGGCAAAAGAUAACUGUGUUGAGAAGAUUGGUAAGCCACUUAUGACGAUUUCAGUAUAACCAGUCUAUCGGUUCAACAAAAAAUCAGGAAUGCGUUCAGUCAGACAGAUCAAGAAAGUGUUCGCUAAACUGGUUUACGCGUUAGCGAAUGACCACAUCGUGAAUUUUAUUUAGCGAACGUUUUCGUUGUUCGCUGUCGUUGAACAUUAGCCUGAUUUGAUACUUGUCUUCCAGUA